AACAAAUUGGGGUCCUUCCUUGCGACAAGCUAGCUGUCGAAACGGUGUUACGAGUCACAUUGUUUUACACAACUGUGGUAAAUUGUCAAGAAUAACACCGAUUUAUGACGAUUAGAUUGCAAAGGGAAUGUUUAAAUAAUCCAAGUUUAAUUCCGUUUGGUCUUUUUCUUCCUAACUGGCCCGGCAGUUUGUUUUCAAACCGUCGAAAGGGUGUUUUUUUACGUCCGCCGUCAACAGCAGCGACAUUAGCGUUAGCAUUUAAGCUAACGUUGUAAAACCCACGUAAUUCUGAUAUUUAGUCGAAUAAAAAGGGAGGGAGGCGUUGAUGAGCAGCUAUGUCUGGUAUCGCGCUUAGCAGACUGUCACAGGAGCGAAAAGCCUGGAGAAAAGACCAUCCGUUUGGUUUCGUUGCGGUGCCCACGAAGAACCCUGAUGGAACCAUGAACCUGAUGAACUGGGAGUGUGCCAUUCCAGGGAAGAAAGGAACUUUGUGGGAGGGAGGACUCUAUAAACUCAGAAUGCUGUUCAAAGACGACUACCCUUCCUCUCCGCCCAAAUGCAAGUUUGAGCCCCCAAUAUUCCACCCGAAUGUCUACCCCUCCGGCACCGUGUGUCUGUCCAUCCUGGAGGAGGACAAAGACUGGAGGCCCGCCAUCACCAUCAAACAGAUCCUGUUGGGGAUCCAGGAGCUGCUGAAUGAGCCCAACAUCCAAGACCCAGCACAAGCAGAGGCAUACACAAUUUACUGUCAGAACAGGAUGGACUACGAGAAGAGGGUAAGGGCACAGGCCAAGAAGUUUGCCCCCACAUAGAGAGGAGCGCCGGCCGCCCACAGCCUGAACUGAAGGAGGUGACACACCUGACGGACCACUCCAAUAAGAAUUCAGUUUUGAGUAUUCUCUUAUUAUUAAACGGGUGACAAGAGCCUGUUAGUUCUCCUCUUUUUGUUCUCUUUUUAAAGCUCAACACGUUCAUCAUUUGACCUUCUACAAUAAAUGUGUAAGCAUUUUGAAGGCAUCGCUGAUGGUCCUCUGCUGUCAACACAUGACGUUUGUUAUUUGUAACUCUUGUAUAAUCUCCAGUUUUAUCAUGAGUGCUGUAAAGCCUGCUCAUGCCUCCAUUCAUUCUGUAAAGUCAUAAUAUCGUAUCGACAGAGCUGUAGAAAUGUCCAAGCCACUCUGUGUGUAGUUCUCUCGCUUGUGGCGGACGUGGAGAUUAUGUUUAUUGUUAAACUUCCAGUUUUUUUCUUUUCUUGUAAUAUCAAACCCCCAGGUAUUGUAGAUAGUGUUUCAUGAUUACGGGCGGGAACUGGGACAAAGCAUUCAGACGAACAAUGGAAGUGAAUCCUCCCAUUGUUCUCCUGAUCCCUUGUCUCGUUCCUAUCACAUAUCCAUCACCUGAGUUUCCGGAAAAGCAUAAAAAGAAUACGAAGUCAGGUAAAAGACAAUCCUGGCACUUGGUUGUAAGCUAAAACCGUGACGAUUAUUUUGGCAGGAAGUGGCGCUCUGUCCACCUCAGAGAAGGGAAGCAUUACAGGAGGAUGCAACUAAGAUUGUUGUGAAUCCAACUGGAAGUCAGUGUUGCUCAUUCAACACCAGUUUCUCAUCUGCUUCCCAAACACUUCCCGGGCGCUGUAGAUUAGCUGCCCACUGCUCUUAGUACUUGACUCCUGGUACUAGGAUGGGUUAAAUGCAGAGAACACAUUUCACUGUGUGUGCUCUGCAUGUGUGACCAUUAAAGAGGGUUUCAUCCCUCCCAAUAUUAUUAUAAACUGCUUUAGUAUCAGAUAGAGAGGAAGCUGCAUUGUAAAAGUAACAAAAACGGUCACUGUGUUCAUUUUGGCGCUCCAUCAGUUACAAAUAGCGUCACUUUUGGUUAUGUUCUCCCACAAAAUCAACUACAACCCUGUAGUGGAUCAGGCGUCAGAAGCUGAAGGAUCCUCAUUGGAAUGGCCUCUCAACCAGCAAAGGACGACAGGAAGUGAAAGUGCACUUGAGAGAGUAAGCGAAAAAGCCUGAGAAUUGUUUUGCCUCUAAAUAUAUGAGUGCAUGUAUAUAAUAUAAAUACUGAAAAAAAUUGUGGAAGUUAUGUUUUAUAUUGUUUUAGCCAGUUGACAUUUGUGUGUGGUAUUAUGACAAAGAACACAAUAAAUGGCAUACAAUUGUGAAAUAAAGUUGAAUAAAAGAAAUAA